CAAGAGUUUGAGUUUACACCUCAAAAAUUCAAAACACAUUUGUGGAAAUUAUUGCUCUUUCAACAAGCUCCCUCAACUGUUCAUUAAUUAUUUCCUCUUUAACUCUUUUCAAAACUCUCUCAACCUAAAAACAAGAAUUUAAAAUCUCAUCUUCCAUUCCAACCGAUCCGAACCAAUGGCCAACUCUGAUUCUCCCAUUCCUCCUCCGGUCUCCGCUCCACUCUCCCCCAAGAAGGAGAACAUUAUUCCCGCUGCGAAAAAGAUCGAGGAACUGAAUGAAUCGAGGUCGGAGCUACUUACUAGGAUUCAAGGGCUGAAACAGGAUUUACAAAGUUGGAGAUCAAAGUUGGAUAGCCAAGUCAAGGUUUACCGCGAUGAGCUUUCAGAACUGAAGAAAUCACUCAACACUGAAGUGGAUCAACUUCGGACUGAAUUUCUAGAUUUGAGGACUACCCUUCAACAGCAACAAGAUGAUGUUUCCACUAGUCUUAGAAACUUGGGGCUGCAGGAAGUCUCAGGAAAUGUUGUAAAGGCCGAAGAUACCAAGACUGGAAAAGAAGUAAAUGAAUUGCCCAAGGAGGAGGUGGAGAACAAAGAAGUUGAAAACUUGAAGGUCCCCCCAAUAGUGGAACAUGCAUGAAUGAAUGACCAUAGUGGUUUAUAGCUUCACUGAGUUACUUUUCAAUUAGAGUUUAGAAUAGGCCACGACCUUGCUGUCUUCAAUUUUUAUGACAUGAACUGUUAUCUGAAGCAAAUUAUGUAUAACUUUUCCUGUUAUCUUCAAUUGAAGCAUCUUUUUUAUGCA